AUGAACAAUCAUGUGAAAUAUUCGUCCAAAAGAGGAAAGAGAUUCCGAAGUGCCUUUACUACAGAACAAGUGAAUUAUUUAGAAACGGAGUUUAGAAAGUACCCGUACAUUGGCAACGCUAGGAGAAAAGAUGUAGCCAAUGUCCUAAACAUUCCAGAAAGAGCAGUAAAGAUAUGGUUCCAAAACAGAAGAAUGAAGGAAAAGAAAGAUGGCAUAAAUAAAGACAUAGAUGAAACGAAAAACCUUGAUCUUUGUGGCGAUCAAUUAAGAAAUCUGAGUGUCGUAACAAUUAAUGAAAGUCAUUCAUUACCAUGCUUAAAUACAUUAAAGGAAAUUCCAAACAAAACAACAUUAAACAACAGUAUUGUUACAAAUGAUGCUAAACUGGAUUUAAGCGUACCGAGAUGUGUACAAGGUAAUAGUCAUUUCUACAAGGACAUUACACCAGAACGGGAAGUUACGAAUGUAAAUAUCAGUCCUGUAUCAGGGCCUACAACGAACGGAUGUACAAUAUCAAAGACAUCAGCUGACUUUUCAAUAGAGUUGUUAAAAAAAUAUAAGAGCGAGUUUUCGAAACAGGAAAAUUUACAAGAAAAUGAUGGUGAUGUAAGUCAAGAAAUACGACAUUCACCAAUGAAUGAGUUAAAGAAGCAGACACCCUCUGUUCCUCAAUUCCCAGUUACAGCAAUGCCAGAAGACUUAUCAUCAUACAAGAAGCCAACAAUAGUGCCAUAUGAACACCCAAAAGUAGUACCAGAGAGAGUACAACCGAACAAUUUGGAGGCAAGCGUGAAUAAUGCAGAUUUACCUCUAUAUGUGAAAGGAUUCUACACUCAACCAUAUAUUCCUCCAGGAAACAUGAUAUGGAAACCAGUCAAUGUUUCUCCUGUCAUGUCAACAGGAUUUUCGGCUUUGAAUCUUUCCAAUAACACCCCAGUUAAUAUGACCAUAGGUCAACAGAAUUUUCCUAAAAGUUGUAAUUGCGAUUGUCAUAUGAAACCUUAUUGUAGUCCUAUUUUAUAUCAACAAGCUAAUCCGAACCCUCAAGUUCAAUAUGUAAUAACUGCUGUACCUUUACAGAACUCUGUACCAAAAUUUUAA